AUGUCAUCGAUAUCGUAUAGUAAUAUAAGUGUUCAAUUUGGUAUUUAUGUUGGUUUACCGAUUGUUAUAUUUGGCAUAAUUGGUAAUUUAAUAAAUAUUUGUCUUUUAUAUUCUACUCGAUCAAUCCCAAGUUCAUAUUUAUUAUUUCUUUCAUCAUUUUUUAAUAUAAUUGCUUUAUGCGAAGCUCUUUUACCAAGAAUUUUAUCAUUAAGUUUUAGUAUUGACUCAUCAACAACAAAUAUAAUUUGGUGUAAAAGUCGUUUUUUUAUUUCAUUUACAGUUACACUUAUUUCUCUAACAUGUAUUUGUUUUGCUUCAAUAGAUAGAUAUUUUGUUACAUGUCGAAAUAUUAUCUGGCGUAAUCGAAGUAAAUUAAGAACAGCAAAAUUAUUUAUUUUCAUUACUUCUAUAAUAAUUACAGGAAUUAACAUACCAAUUCUAUUUUUCACUACAAUUAUUGAAUCUAUAAAUAUUACUGGCUCAAUUACAAAAAGAUGUUUAGUCAUUAAUUCUUAUUUUCUACUUUAUCAAAAUUAUUUUCUUCGGCCAAUUCUUCCCGGCAUUUUACCUGCUUUAAUAUUAGGUAUAACUGGCUUUUUAACAUACCGUAAUAUUUCUUCAAUUAAUGGUAAUAAUCAUCUACGUGAUGUAUUUCAACGAAGUUUAACUUCAAUGAUACUUUUACAAAUUAUUUUAAUCGUAGUUCCAUUAGCACCUUUUGCAACAAUCAUAAUUUAUCAAGUAUUAACAGCAUCAAUAGUCAAAUCAUCAGAUCGUUUAGAACAAGAAACAAUGAUAUCUAAUAUAUUUAAUAUUCUUCUAUACAUUAGUUAUGCAUCCAAUUUUUAUGUUUAUCUUAUUUCAGCGCCAUAUUAUCGUAAAAAAUUUGUGCAAUUUAUUCAAUAUUAUUAUUAUUAUUGUCAUAAAAAUCAACGAAAUAAUCAUAUUGGAAUUAUGAUUCGAGAACAACCUGAAAUUCAUAGAAUUUCAAUGUCUUAA